AUGGUCCUCAAGUCCUUCGCUUCGCCUGAAUGGCGGUUAGACAAGCCAAUCCACACAGAGCGUCCUGUAAAGGUCAUCUGUAUCGGUGCUGGAGCUUCAGGCCUGCAGCUAGCGUACAAGCUUCAAAAGCAUGUUAGCGACUUUAGCUUGACGGUGUAUGAGAAGAACCCCGAGGCAUCGGGAACGUGGUAUGAGAACAAAUAUCCCGGGUAUGUCACCAGCCUUUGCUCCGUAACUUUCCACGCACUCACUGACGACAACGGCGGCAGCUGCGCUUGUGAUGUCGCCGCACACAACUACACCUGGUCCUUCGAGCCCAAAACAGACUGGUCAGGCGUGUAUGCCAGUAGCCAGGAAAUCUACGCCUAUUUCAACGACUUCGCCGACAAGUAUGGCCUUCGGCAGUACAUCAAAACACAGCAGCAGGUGGUGGGAGCCAAGUGGACUGGAUCGGGCUGGAACGUUUCCAUCAAGGACCUGACAACGGGAGAAACCGCAAAUGAUACGUGCGACAUACUCGUCAAUGCUGGAGGAUUCCUCAACAAGUGGAAGUGGCCAAACAUUCCAGGACUGGACAAGUACAAGGGCACUCUCCUCCAUUCGGCUAAUUGGGAUGAGACGGUAGACUUGAAGGGAAAGAGUGUUGGACUUAUCGGUAACGGAUCAUCUGGCGUCCAAAUCCUUCCAGCUAUUCAGCCGCUCGUCCAGGAAGUCACGGUUUUCAUGCGUAAUGCAACCUGGGUCUCAGCGUUGCCUGGGUUCGAAGGCCGUCAGUAUACAGACGAGGAAAGGCGACGGUUUGCAGAGGAGGCUGGUCAUUUGCUUGCCUAUCGCAAAAGCAUCGAACGUGGAAACAGCAGUGUCCUUCCUUUCAUGAUCAAGGGUUCAGAGGACAACAACAACCUCCGCGAGUACAUGCUCAACAACAUGAAAGCGAAGCUAGCAGAAAAGAAGGAGUUGGAGGAGAAAUUGAUACCGACCUUUGCCCUUGGCUGUCGUCGACUCAGUCCGGGCGCUGGAUUUCUGGAAGCCCUUGUGGAGCCAAACGUCCAAGUCGUGUUCUCUGGAGUGGCCGAGGUUACCGAAGAAGGGUGUAAGUGCGACAAUGGGACCGAGCAUCAGGUUCCUGACGUGCUUAUUUGUGCCACUGGGUUCGAUUCCUCGUAUCGGCCACGGUUCCCCAUUGUUGCCGGUGACAAAAACCUGCAAGACGUCUGGGCACAGGAUCCGGAAUCAUAUCUGGGAAUAGCGGCUGCCGACUUCCCCAACUACCUCAUGAUUCUUGGACCCAACUCUCCGGUUGGAACUGGGCCUCUGUUGAUUGGUAUCGAGGCGCAGACGGACUACAUUGUCAAGAUGAUCGACCACUGGCAGACACACAACAUCCGGUCCUUUACGCCCGACGUGGCGGCCGUCCGGGAUUUCGUUGCACACAAGGACCAGUUCAUGCCCAAGACUGUGUGGUCGGAUCCGUGCAAGUCUUGGUAUAAGUCCGGUUCGUCCAACGACAAGGUCACGGCGUUGUGGCCCGGGUCGACGUUGCAUUACCUCGAGACUAUCAGGCAGGUCAGAUUCGAGGACUGGAGGUUUGAGUACGAUGGCAAUCGCUUCACCUAUCUUGGAAAUGGCCAAAGCCAGACAGAGACGAACCCUGACUCGGAUUGGGCGUAUUACAUUCGAGACGAGGAUGACGACCUGCCGCUGGCAAGGAACAAGAUGACCAAGAUCAUCAACAAGACCGGCUCCGUCGUCGUGGCCGAAGGAAACGGUGAGGGUGCGUUCUUUCUGGCAUCUGAUAUUUCCGUAGUCACUCAACAUGAAAUUUUGAUGUAUAAGCAUUUCUCAGGUUGA